GGGAGAUCAAAGCCAGGUAAUUGAUAACAGACUUGCAGACUGGGCCUGGCUGACCUUGCUGUAUAUAAAAUGAGCAGCAGCAGUUCCAAAGCCAUUCAAGGACAGUGCUCUCAACAAGCAUCCUCCACUAAAGCUCAGUUAUCUACUUGUGGUCUCUGUGGAUUUUGCGAGUGCUUCAGUAUGGCUUUAUUUUUCACUGUGGCUCUCCUGGCUAUGGCAUAUCCUUUAAUGGCAUUUGACAUGGGUCAGUCCACUCGUUGCGUCACCAUCCCCAACCAGAUGAAGGUCUGCAAAGAUGUUGGAUACUCAGAGAUGCGACUGCCCAACUUCCUGGGCCACCGUAACCUGGAACGCGAGGUGGUGCCACGUUCAGAGGACUGGAGGCCUCUGUUGCAAACAGGCUGCCACCCUCAAGCUCAGGCCUUCCUCUGCUCCCUCAUUGCUCCUGUUUGUCUUGACACUUUUAUCCAACCAUGCCGUAGUCUGUGUGUAGCAGUGAGGGAAAGCUGUGCCCCGGUGCUCGCCUGCCAGGGUCACCCAUGGCCUGAGGCUCUUGAUUGUGACCGUUUCCCUGCUGAGGAGGACAUGUGCCUUUCUCCUUAUUUAAAAUUUAGUCACUUUGCCAAAGGCUUACCCAAACCAGCUUGCCAGAACUGUCCUUCAGUGGAAGAGAGUCCUGUAGUGAAAACAGUCCUGGAUGCUUUUUGCCAGCAUGACUUUGCUGUGGUUGCCAAACUUUAUCGCCGUCGCCUACCUAUGGGAGAGCCAGAAUUUGAGUUGGAGGGUCGGGUUGAGUUUAUCCGCCAGGGACCUCUGCUGCCCUAUGACACCCAGCACCUACUGCAUCAGUGGCUCCUCAUCAACCUUCAAUGUGCCAAUGUCCUUGUGCGCCCUGGGCGGUCACAGCUUUACUUGCUGACUGGUUUUGUGCUGCCUGAUGGCACUCUUGCUCUCGCCCGUCUCUUCCCUUGGCACAAAAAAGACGCAAACAUUGCCAUAGCCACUCGCAAGUGGAAGCACCACAGAUGUUGAAUGGACUGACAUGUAAAAUUGGAGCUUUGAAUCUGUCUGAAGUGCUGAGUCACAUAAGGACUAACUCAUGUGAUUUUAUGCUUGAAACAGAUGAGGAGUUUCUUGGCAUUGGGUGUUAGUGAGAAUUUAUAACAUAGGUUGAAUGGAAAUGGAUAUAAGAGUGGAACUGGACUUGGGCAUAAACAUCGUUUCCUUCCCUCAGUAGCUCAACUCUGCUCUGACAGCACAAAGUAAUAGAAUGCACUCAAACCUGUACAUAGUAUUGAUAAAUGUAAAUUGGUUAUAUAUUCUAUUUUCUAUAAGAAUAUUGGUGUAUUUAUGACAUCUUUUUUGUGUAAUGUGGAAUAAGCAGACAAAAUAUGUGCUCUGUGAAACCGCUUGCUGGUUAUUUGUGAUGCUCAGUUUUGUUGUUCAUACUGCUUUGCCCUUUUUAGUUCUUUGGCAAACAUUCUUUUACAGCAGUUUGUUCAAAAUUUGCUGCCCUCCACAAGGUGGCACACUAAUGGAGAAUCAGAGGAACUGCUAAUGUGGUGCCAUGCCCUUUUCAUUUCAUUUAUUAAAAGGGGUACAGAGAGAGUUUACAUUUGUUUUGCAGUAUAAACAUGUUCAUGUCCGUACCCCCUUUUGCCUGAAACCUUGGUUUAAUAACUUUUUGCAUUGCAUUUACAAAUGGGUCAUUCUAUAUAAUGUAGAAAGUGGCUCUGGAUAAAAAGUCGAACUGCUUAUAAUGAGUCAUGAUUUUAUUAAUCGUAGCAUGUAGAGCUAAUGAGAAGAUAAAUCACCCGCUUUACAUUUGAAUGAACUGAGCUUGACAGUUCUAAUUAGGGUUGUUGGACAAUGGGCUUAUUCACUGCUUGUGUGGUACUAUUCAUUUUUAUGUUGUACCUCUCACAUAAUUGAUGUCUUGUAGUUUAAUAAUAUUUAAAUCACUUAAGAAUUCAGCAUGUAUUUUAAUCCCCCCGGUGGCUGCAUGUGUUUGUUUUAUGGUAUGUCUUCAUUGUGGGGACAGUUGAGUAGAAAAGAGUUUAUGUAAAGUCAUAGCAACAUUAUUCCACAUAAGAUGACAAAAAUACGCCAAUUAAAGUAUAUUGGAACUGGAAUAAGUUUUUCAG